GCGAAUGGUGUUUAUUUUGAUUUCGGUUGCCGGUGAAGCAAGUAGCAGUGUGUCUGAGAACGGGCGGAUAAACGCGCGUGAAUACGACAAAGAACAACGGACGACGACGACAACUACUUUAGAAUAAGGCACAAGCAAAAAAAAAAAAGAACCCCAGAUACAGAUAAACAACAACAAAAGCGAAAAAUACAUACACACGCAAUCACACAGAGUGGAGUGAAGUGGAAAAAAGCAUCCGAAAGAUAGAGGAAUGAAUAUUAACGCACCGAAUUGAAAUCGGCAGCAGCAGCAGCAACAGUAGUAGCAGUGUUUUACUGCGUGUGAAAACAAAUACACAAAGAAACGACAGCAUCGAAAUUAUUAAAUAAAUCCAACUAAAUUAUGAAAACGAGAAAAUAAUAAUCCUCAUCCGAUGCGAGUUUAAGAAACGAAAACAAAAAAAUAUAUAACGAACAAGCCAACGACGAAUCUUCUGCAUAUCAUCCGUACACCAAUAAAUCCAUCCAUCCAAUUCAAAAAAAGAAAUACGCGAUAUUAACUAAAUAUAUUUUAUUUAAUAAAACAUACGUACAUACAUAUUUACGCGUCUGUGCAUGUGUGUGUAUCCAGUGCAAUGUAGUGCUUCGAAACGAAAGGAAAAUUAUCAUUCCAACGACAACAAUAACAACAACAAGAAAUCCAGCGAAAAUUGUGAUAAAUAUUGAAUGGAAAAACGUAAAGAGGCAAACAUGUCUAAAUUGAAAAGUUCUAAAGUCCAAUCAAGAGCAUAGAUCAGUGGCUGCAGACCAAGAAGUGGCGAGCAGUGCAGUUAAGUGAACGACGGAUAAGAAGUGACAGAAAUAAAAUCUAAAGUAAAUAAAUCCAAAGUUGAAGAUUGAUUGGCUAGCCCUUUAUACGAAAGUGCAUUGAUUACAAGUUCUUUAUCAAAAUAAGAAACCAAGAGAAAUAAGAGUUAAAGAAGGAGAAGAAAAAGAAGACAAAUAAAGAAAAGAAACCCAUUGAUUUGUUUGUGUGUCACUUAUCAAUCAAUAACCCCACAACGAAAAUGUCUUCCCAAAUCAGUCCAGUGCUGUGUCUACUGUUGAGCUGCCUUUUUGGCAGUUUAUUAACCUCGGUGCAUGCCUUUAACUUUGCUCCCAAGCCCCAGGUGGUUAUUGGUGCGCCGCAAUUGAAAUUUUUCCAGCCGCAAGUACGCAGCUCGUAUUUUGGAUACUCUUUGGUGAUACGCCCCACAAGCCUAAUUAUUGGUGCACCUCGUGCCCAGUCCACAUUAGAGUCACAGCGAAAAAUCAAUGAAACUGGUGCUGUGUAUCGCUGCACCAUCAAUGGCAAGCCCCAAUGUGCCCCGUUCGUGUUUGAAAAUCGGGGAAACAUUAACAUCGAAGACAGUGAUUAUACAUAUGACUCAGAACAACGUGAUUUCCAGUGGAUGGGAGCUGCCAUGGACGGCGGAACCAAGGAUACGGAUAAACUAAUUGUCUGUGCUCCCAGAUUUAUAACACCCACGGUAUUCGAGUACAUGAUGCAUGGCAAAUGCUAUUGGAUAAACGAUACAUUAUCGGCCACACCACAAAACGUUCGCUCGAUUUCGCCACUGCGGGCGAAAAUAGACCAAAUUGUCGACGAUGACGGUGAGCGCAACUAUUAUUAUAUGUUGGCUGAACAGGGUCUUAGUGUCCACGUGACAGCGGACAAUGACCAAUUCCUGAUUGGAGCUCCUGGUAUCCAUAAGUGGCGAGGUUCGGUAAUACGUUACCGCAAAAGGGAAUAUAUCGAUGAACCAAGUCUGAGUCGACGUGAUACCAGCAGUGUGUCACGAGUUGCACGACAAAUCCGUGUGUCCUAUGAAACAGAUAUUCCUAAGCCGAGAAAUUUCAAUCAGGCCAGUGAUUCUUACUUCGGUUACUCCGUAGACUCUGGGUACUUUGAUUCAAACAAUCCUCAGAAACUUUUGUAUGUGGCAUCAGCUCCUCAGGCAGACGAACAGUCAGGAGAGGCCUAUAUAUUUGACUACCCCAGCAAAUAUAAAAUAACCAAACACUUUGUCUUCCGGGGAAAACAAUUCGGCGAAUAUUUUGGUUAUGCCGUUCUUGCCGAAGACAUCAAUGGCGAUAAUCUCACAGAUGUUAUUGUUUCGGCACCUCAACACACAAUCACGGGUUCCUACGAUGAUGGCGCCAUCUAUGUGUUCAUAAACCAAGGAAACUUAUAUUUCGAACGCAAAUUGAUCACGUCGCCGUUCCAUGGAAAAGGCCGAUUUGGCACUACUCUCACCAAAUUGGGCGACAUUAAUUUUGAUGGUUACAAUGACAUUGCUGUGGGAGCGCCAUUUGCUGGAAACGGAUCUGUAUUUGUGUAUAUGGGCAGUAAACGCGGUCUGCGAGAGCAGCCCACCCAACGAUUGGAUUAUCCUGGCACGGAGCAGCUGACCUACGGCAGUGCCAUGUUUGGUCAUGGCCUCUCAAAAGGAUCAGACGUUGAUGACAAUGGCUAUAAUGAUUUCGCCAUUGGUGCCCCCAAUGCCGAAACUGUGUAUCUGUAUCACGCCUACCCCGUUGUUAGCAUUAAGGCCACAGUCUCCUCACAGACCCGUGAAAUAAGUCACGAUCAAACAACAUUCCCAAUCACAAUUUGCUACAGCAUUGCCACCAAUUCGCGAACGGUGCAAUCACAGGACUUGGCAUUGAAUUUUGUGGUUGAUCCUCAGGUCAAACGUGUUCGCAUUAUUUCCACAAACACCAACGAACUGCAGUUCAAUGUAACUGCCACCAGCACGACUCAAUGCAAAGUGGUUGACUGCAACGUUCGUUACAGUGUGAGCGACAUCUUCAAGCCGAUCGAAUUGGAAUUACACUAUCAAUUGGUGCACGCAAUUCCGGACUCUGAAGUAUUUUGUACAACGUGUGCUGCCGUUGAUCCCGCCGAACCCAAAAUAUCCACGGAGAAAAUAAUUUUCAACACAGGAUGCAAUACAGACAUUUGUGUGGCAGAUUUGCAAAUGACAGCCAGAUUAGACCGUACCUUCAUUUUGGGCAGUAGUCCGACAUUUAAAGUCUCGUACGAUGUCGUUAACAGGGGAGAAACUGCCUAUUUGCCCCAAAUCAACAUCACCUCAUCCAAUCGAAUGUUAUUUGCCAAAAUACCCUCAAACUGCAAACACAAUGUCCAGGAUUCGAUGCUUCUUUGUGAUCUCAAUCGUGGCCAUCACAUGGCCAAUGGUACCUCAGAUACGAUAACAGUGAUAUACGAUACCAGCAACAUUUCGGGAGAGAAGAUGGUCCUAAUGGCAAAGGUCUUUAGUACUGGCAAUGAAAAGACACCCGGAGACAAUAUUGCCAGUGAUGUUAUCACAUUGACGGAAUUCACUGAAAUUUCAGCUGUGGGUGUUCCGCAAACUAAGCACAUAAAUUUGGAAGAAGUCUCUAAUUCCGCUGAAAUUGUAAACGUCUAUGAGAUCAAAAGCAACGGUCCCAGCACUGUUAGUUCUAUGCAACUUGUUUUCGAUAUUCCCGUGGCCUAUACAAUACCGGGCACAACGAAAACCAUACCUAUUAUCGAUAUGAACAACAUCACCAUGCAGGCCAUGUACGAUUCGCAAAUCAAGGAUGUCAGUUUUUAUUUGAACAAUACCCAAAUUCUGAUGAAUGCUGUUGAGAAAAUGUCCAGUUUCUCGACUCAAUUCAACACAAAAGUAAUUACCGAAAGCGGAAGCAGUCAUUUCCGGACAGUAGAAAUGCACAGCAGCGGCGAGUUUACUGUCAAAGAAGAAUCAUUUGGAGAUUCCAUACUAACCAGUUUAGCACGAAGAAGAAGACGCCGUGAAGCUGCCGCUUUGACUGCAAAUAAGGAUCAGUAUGCACGCAUUGCCCACUCCAAAUCAUUUGAAUUGUUGGGUGAAGACCUGAAGGGUACCUUGCCGGUCAAUCGAACCAUUGUGUUUAAUUGCAACGAUCCCGAAAUGACACAAUGUGUUCGUGCUGUCAUUCCUCUGUACGACUUUAAACGGAACAAACCCAUAACAGUGACCAUGAAAUAUCACGUCGAUUUGAAAGAAGUGAAUGAGAUACUAAUUGAACCGUGGGAAUUCUUUGUGAUAGUCAUCGAUGUUGAUGUUCAAAAAACGAAUGACCCCACCGGCUCAACCUUGGCCAUAUCAAAGAAAAUCGAAUACAACAUCAUAUCGAAGCAUCAGCUAUACGGCACCCCCAUAUGGGCCAUAAUUUUGGCCAUUAUCGGUGGCCUGUUGGCAUUAGCACUGAUAACCUAUGGCAUGUACAAAGCUGGAUUCUUUAAGCGUGCCAAAAAGGAGGAAAUGGAUAAACUGGUACACCAAGCUCAGCUGUCGAAUGACGGUGUAACGGAAACAUCGAACCUUAACACCGAAGAUAACUGAAAGUGCAACGUCGACAACAUGCAAUUUUCAUUGUGAUCUUGUCUCGAGUCCAAAAAGCUGUGAAUACACCUCCCGCCGUUUUUGUUCUGCAAAAGUGGCACAAAUUUGUUUUAAUUUUAUUUCCUUAAUAAUUACUUUGUUCAAAACAAACCCAGUACGUCCAAACGUACGCGAACAACAUCACCAUUAGACCAUCACUUCGAACGUGUUGAUAUUCAACUGUAGCUGUCGCAGGAGUUGUCAGGCAUUUUAGGACGAUUUCGAUACCAAAUGUUACUAUUUUCGUGUGCAUACAUUUAAGUUAAUUUAUUUGUUUUAGAAUUUUGAUUCGAUCUGUACUUUGUGUGUUCUCAUAUGUUUGUUUUUGCCUUAUUUCGUAACUCGUACAAAUAGGGACAUUAUCGAAUACAUAGUAGAUCUAAUUUUUGUUUAGUCUUAGGUUAACUUUCGAUUAGCUGCCAUGUGUAAAUAACUCUAAAGUAGUGAGCUAGCAACCACACAUACAAGUCUGCGAGUGAAGCGUGUAAUUAAAAUUUGUAAAUUGUUAAUUAACUAAAGAAAAGCAUUGCACUGUGCUUCUUGAGGAUUUUUCUAUUCCAGAUACUAUUAAGAAAUGAAACGAGGAAGAUGUGAUGCGUGCUCUUUAUGUAUAAGAUUUUAUAAGUAUUAAUUUUUUAUAUGAGAUAUAAACAAAAAUAUACAAAAUAAAAUAUACGAAACAAAA